UUCCUCCUCGGCAUGGGCGGGCAGUGCUGCUGCUUAUCCUCGGAGGAGAAAGCGAACAGGAUGCUGAGCUUGGAGAUUGAGCGCCGGCUGCGCCAGGACAAGCGAGACUCGCGCAAGGAGCUCAAGCUGCUGCUGCUGGGUACAGGAGAAAGCGGAAAGAGUACAUUUAUUAAGCAGAUGAGGAUUAUUCAUGGAUCAGGCUAUACAGAAGAAGACCGGAAAGGCUUCACAAAAUUGAUUUAUCAAAACAUAUUUUCCGCUAUGCAAACUAUGAUCAGAGCUAUGGAUACUUUGCAAAUUCCAUACUCAUCUGAGCAUAAUAAGGAGGCUGGCCAGAUGAUUGAAGAACUGAAUGCAGACACAGUAACAACACUGGAGAGAAAAUUUGUGGAAGCAGUUAAGAGGCUGUGGGAGGAUCCAGGAAUCCAAGCAUGCUACGACAGGCGAAGAGAAUACCAGCUGUCAGACUCGGCUAAAUAUUACCUUUCAGACUUUGACCGUAUUGCUGCACCAUCAUUUGUGCCAAACGAGCAAGAUAUUCUCAGAGUGAGAGUGCCAACCACUGGAAUUAUUGAAUAUCCUUUUGAGUUGCAAAAUGUUACUUUUAGAAUGGUAGAUGUUGGUGGACAGAGAUCAGAAAGAAGGAAAUGGAUACACUGCUUUGAAAGUGUUACCUCAAUAAUAUUCUUGGUUGCUCUUAGUGAAUAUGAUCAAGUCUUGGCAGAAUCCAACAAUGAGAAUCGGUUGGAAGAAAGCAAGGCUUUAUUUCAAACAAUAAUCACAUACCCUUGGUUUCUGAACUCCUCAGUCAUCUUGUUCUUAAAUAAAAAAGAUCUUUUAGAAGAGAAGAUUAUGCAUUCCCAUUUAAGCACCUAUUUUCCAGAGUUCACAGGACCAAAGCAAGAUGUUAAAGCUGCCAGAGAGUUCAUUCUGAAGUUAUACCAGGAUCAGAAUACAGAUAAAGAGAAAGUGAUUUAUUCCCAUUUUACAUGUGCUACAGACACAGAAAACAUUAGAUUUGUCUUUGCUGCUGUCAGAGACACAAUACUACAGCUGAAUCUAAAGGAGUUCAAUCUGGCAUAA